CAUCGUGUAAAUGUUCUGAGCAUGAGAGAUGUCACCAGUCGAUACUCUGGAGCUCGCUCCUGUGCUGGUAUCUCGCUGUGCCCUCCAGACCCUGGACACUAGUCUUGUUCUUGAGAUAUUAUCUCAAAGGUAUUGUUUGUCUCUCUUGUUUAAUUCUGUCCCACGGCCGUUUUCUGCAACUGUUAAUUUCUCCAAACUGUUGUAUAAUCCUGGUCAGUCAGAUGACCCACAGUAUGCCAGCCUUUUCAUGAGCUGUCUUGAAGAUAUUUUCAGUAAGUUGUGCAACUGUAUUAUUAUUGUACCAAAGAAAACAGUUUGAAAACCUGAACUGCUUUUUCAUGCUUAAAAAAAAUAACAAAAGAAAAAGCACCACAGAUUCAAUAACCACAUCAGACUGUCUAUAGAAUACUCCUAUAAACAUUUUCUAAAAACUGUGAUCAUCACUGGAGAUAGUAACUUGCAAGAUUCAGUAUAUUGACAAUACCUGCAAAUUAAGACGACUCCACUCAAAAAGCUAGCAGCUUUCCAGAAUGCACCAGGAAUGCAGUAUACAACCAUGCCAUCAGACACAAACUGUAUUUUUCUCCUGAGCACAGUAUUACAGUUGUUCUUAAUAAUGUAAGGAGGACGAUUCUAAAAGGUUCUUCUUGCAUAAUAAUAGGUGCAGUCCAGAUAUCGUGUAUGAAUUUAAGAUGGAAAGAAAACCACACCAGUCAUACCUAACAUAGAACUAUACAGAACAUCCUUAAGUGCUUACAGUGUACUCUGGAAGAAGAUUCUCUCUUGAAAUAAAUAUUUGCAGAACUGUCGCUUUGCAGGGUUGAUACCAGUCCUUCAACCUCCCGAUAUUAAUCCAAAACAAAUUCCUUGUGAGCCAGGGUUCACCUAAUGGAAAUGGACUUUACCUAACCAAUAAAUAUAAAAUUUAUCAGUGCAUCUUUCUCCCACAAAAGAACAACUGAAAAGCCCUAUCCCUGUGCAUGCAUAUGAUAGAAUGCAGUAGACUUUAUUCAUCACUCCAAAUGCUCUUGUGGAAAUUCUGUGUAAAGCUAAAAAAGUCGCUGUGUAUUAGAAUAAAACUACACAGAUAACUGGUAAAGGACAGGCAUUCUUGGUUACCGGUAGAAGGGUACUUCUCACAAAUCCAAAGCUUGUUUUGUGACCUGCCAGCCCUGAUCUUCAAAUGAAACUGGUAAAAUACUUACAAGAUUCUGGGAGGUAGCAUUCAUAACCUUACUGAAUAGUAAAAACUAUGCUGUGUUACCAUGCACUGCCAAACAUCAUCAUUACCUUAUUUUUCUGUCCUUCAUCCUUCAUUGGCUUGAAUGAUCUUAAUUCAUCUGAGGUCAAAUUUUUAUGUAUUUGUGUUUAAAAUAGCCCUUCCCCCAACAGGCUUGCAAGCAGGUUUUUUUUGCUUUGAACACUUCCACAUACUGUACUGGGUGAGAAGUACGCUCUGGUAAGAACCAGCAAAAUUAGAAAUUUUCACUCACGUGGUGGUGUUCUCGCAUGUAGAAAAUUGGUUUAUGACUCUCUGGAGUCACUUAGUCCAUGUUCUGAAGAGAGGUUUCCAAUAGCUCUGCCAAUUACUGCUUGUAAACGUCCUGGUUUAUCAGUUGGUAACCAAUUCCUUGCACCUGAAUACAUCUACUAUGAAAUGAAGUUGCAGAUCUGCUGUCAGGAAACAAGCCCACAUUAGCCUUAGCAGAGAGCAUGUUGAUUUUAAUAGUGAUAAAGACAUCACUUUGUCUGUGCAGCGAUCUGGAUUUCUGUGCAGGCAGACAAGCAAAUUGUUUGCCUAAAGUUUCCACGAGGACUGCUCAGCUGCUGCUGCAGCCAGCUUGCCUUGUCUUUGCUUCUGUUGCCACUUUGAUGUAGCCCUGUUUUUUUAAGUUCCACUUUAUUUUCAUCUCAUAGCCUACAAAGCAGAUCUACUCUAAAAAAUAAAGCUUCCAAAAUAUACUCUUUUGUUUGACAUAGUUUUCUGGGUAACAGAGUAAGCUAUGUGAAACUAAUACUAUAAAGUUUACUCUGACCUUUUUUUCUGUCAGUAACAGCCUUCAGUGUCACUGAAAUGUCUUCAUAUCUGGUUACUGAACACCUCAUACUCCUCCCUUUAGCCAGUUAUCACAAUGACAGCUCUUCUUUGAAUGAGGAGAUAGAACAAGUAUUUGCUGAUUCCUAUUUCUUCAAUUAGUCAACAGUUUAAAAAAAAAAAAAAAGAGAGCAACAGCUUGGCUUCUGUGCUAUUUCCUAGUUGUUCUGGUAUAAUCAAAGUGAGAGUUUCAAUUAGGGAACCUUGUUUUGCAUGUGAUUUGUGAUUAAAUUAAUAAAGACAGGUAUAUUGCUUAAGGGGAAAAUUAAGUGACAUCUGGAUGAUAUAAGCUUUCAUCUUCAGGACUGCAUUGUUCCAAUAUAUUAUUGACACUUUGUCAAAUGUUUAAGUAGUUUAGUAGUCUUCAGUUUGGUUUAUGUACUAGUAUUUGCUUUUAGUUCAGUUAAGGCUGUUGGAAGUAAUUACAGUGAAACCCAUGAAGAAGAGCUGAAGGUAAAUCCACACCAGGAAGGCUGUACCACUAAACAGAGACGUAAGGGAUUUUUAGCCAUACAGUCCUCUUCCUUCAGUGAACAUUUAUAUAUGCAGUUCAUAUGUCCAGUUCCAUCCAUAACUGAGAAAUUGUCUGGAUUAGUGGAGGGUGAGCUGCUGUGCAGCACUGUGCUUAUAAGCAAUGUUUUGAUCAUCUCCAGCUGCCUCACAGACCAGCUUUUCCUGAAAGGAGAUGACCUGGCUUUUGUUGGAUUUUUUCCCUGCUGCUUCACAGCUUGAAUACAUCGGUGCAGCCAGCCUGUUAAUAAGGUCACUCAUUCUUACAAAGUUUCAGCUAGUAAAUAAUAUGCUUAUGAGAUGUGUUGAUGGCAUCAGAAAGCAGGAUGGCAGCAGAAAGUCUCUCCCUUUCUGUUCUGGCUUCUUAUGGUUUCUAUAGCUUCAAGUUAAGGACGCGAGUCCUUUAUCUUUCAUAUGCUUGCUGGCCUGAGUGUAACAUAACGGAAAGAUCACGAAGAAAUCUUGACAGGCUGCAGGUUGGAUGCAACAGCAAGGAUAAAGCUUGUUUGGGCAGUGUGUGGAGCUCUCCCAGGACUGCUCUGGGGCACUUCAAUGAAGGUGCAGAGAAGUGUUUGCUUCAGGUGGUGGCAGCUGCUGUUGGCUUUCUGACAGUUUCCAGUGUCAUUACCAUGUCAGCCCCUUUCUUUCUGGGGAAAGUUAUUGACAUUAUUUAUACAAAUCCCAGUGAAGAGUUCACUGACAGCCUGACCAGCCUGUGUGCCUUGCUGAGUGGAAUCUUUCUAUGUGGUGCUGCUGCUAAUGCUACUCGUGUCUACCUCAUGCAGACUGCAGGACAAAGAAUUGUGAAGCGUUUGAGAACAACCAUGUUCUCCUCUAUUCUGAAGCAAGAAACCGCUUUCUUUGACAAGACCAGAACAGGAGAGCUGAUAAACCGCUUAUCUUCGGAUACAGCCCUCUUGGGCCGUUCAGUGACUGAAAACCUUUCAGAUGGGCUCCGGGCAGGAGCACAGGCAUCUGUGGGGGUUGGAAUGAUGUUUUUUGUGUCUCCUAGCCUUGCUGCAUUUGUUCUGAGCGUUGUGCCACCCUUGGCUGUCCUGGCUGUGAUUUAUGGAAGAUACUUGCGAAAACUAACUAAAAUGACCCAAGAUUCUCUCGCAGAAGCAACACAGUUAGCUGAAGAGCGUAUUGGAAACAUAAGAACAGUUCGAGCUUUUGGACAAGAAGUGGCUGAGGUGGGAAAGUAUACAAAUAAAGCUGAUUAUGUACUACAACUGGCUAAAAAAGAGGCACUAGCUCGGGCAGGCUUCUUUGGAGCAACUGGCCUUUCUGGAAACUUAAUUGUCCUCUCAGUCUUAUACAAAGGAGGAUUAUUAAUGGGCAGUGCCUACAUGACAGUUGGUGAACUCUCAUCUUUCCUAAUGUAUGCUUUCUGGGUUGGAAUAAGCAUUGGAGGUCUAAGUUCCUUUUAUUCUGAGCUAAUGAAAGGACUAGGUGCUGGUGGACGUCUUUGGGAACUUAUUGAAAGGAAGCCCCAACUUCCGUUUAAUGAGGGAAUCACACUAGGCAAAGACACGUUCAAAGGUGCUUUGGAAUUCAAGGACGUCGAGUUUGCAUAUCCAACACGCCCAGAAACAUCUAUUUUCAAAGAUUUUAGCCUUUCCAUUCCAGCUGGCUCUGUUAUGGCUCUGGUUGGCCCAAGUGGUACAGGGAAAUCAACUAUCGUAUCCCUUCUGCUGAGGCUGUAUGAUCCUAUCUCAGGUACUAUCACCGUUGAUGGCUUUGAUAUCCGUCAGUUAAAUCCACUGUGGUUCAGGACAAAGAUUGGAACAGUGAGUCAGGAACCAAUUCUGUUCUCCUGUUCUAUUGCUGAAAAUAUUGCCUAUGGUGCAGAGGAUCCUUCUACUGUGACUGCAGAGGAGAUUCAGAAAGUUGCUGAAAUAGCUAAUGCUGCUAGUUUUAUCAGAGAUUUUCCAAAAGGGUUUGACACUCUAGUUGGAGAAAAAGGCAUUUUGCUUUCAGGUGGACAGAAGCAACGAAUUGCAAUUGCUCGAGCUCUGCUCAAGAAUCCUAAAAUUCUUCUGUUAGAUGAAGCAACGAGUGCUUUGGAUGCUGAAAAUGAAUAUCUAGUGCAAGAAGCUCUGGACCGGCUGAUGGAAGGGAGGACAGUCCUAAUUAUUGCUCAUCGUCUGUCUACUAUUCAGAAUGCUGAUUUUGUUGCAGUCCUUGGCCAGGGUAAAAUUCUUGAAUGUGGAAAACAUGAGGAACUACUUGCAAAUCCAAAUGGACUUUUCAGGAAACUAAUGCAGAAACAAGCUUUUCUUCAGAAUAAUGAUACUUUUGCAUUAGAUUUACAAUCCAGAGAAAAGCAUGUAUUAAAAGAAAAUGUAUGAGAAUGUAUGAAUAACAGAAGCUUACAAACUACAAAGAAUAUAACUUAUGUUUCAGUUAUGUAAAGUAAAUGUUAUAUUUUUCCAAAAUGUACAAAAUAUUCUUUUGAAACUUAAAUGUGUUUAAACUUUUUAUUGAAAGCUUUUUAAUAAUUAUUGCAACUUUUUAAAAUGUCUAUCACAUUGAGAUAAUUUCAGUGUAUAGAUUUUUCUCCUUUGUGUUAUGUUAAUUGAGACCAUUUAGAAUCUGGUUUGCUGAAAUGCACUGUACGAUGGUGUGCUGCAUUCUCAAGUAAGUUCAGUAUUUUAAGGGUAAUUAAAUGACAAUCUUAUCAUUUUCAUAUCAUUGUCUCUUCCCUUUUCAAGGAACUUUUGCUUUCUGUGCUUGUCAGUAGUCUUAAAAUGCUGGAAUUCAAAAAUGCGUGACACUAACAUACUCUGAAAGUUCUGACUUCCACUGCACUGUCCUUUCAGUUACCAUUUGUUCUGAAAUGUGAAAGCUGAUUAUGAUCACCAUCUACAGUUAGUGUAGAGAAUUACAUAUGAGAACACAUUUUAGCAAGUAUGGAAGCAUGAGCUGGAGGAAAGUUCUUUAAACAAACAAACAACAAAAAAAAC